CUCGGUGUGACUUUGCCUCCUCCAAAACCUCUUCUUCUUUCCCAAGCAUCACGCCUGGUUUAAGAAACCAAAGACUGCCAUAGCCACCUGAAACGAAGCUUACUGUGUGACCUUGAUUUGAAUCAUUCAGACACAGGAUUAAAACUCACGUCAGAGUGAUGCCUAAGGAGGCGUGUUCAGGCACUGCGUUCCUAUAAAUCACCUGAGAGCCGUUGACCUGAUCAUAUCACUGCACGUUAUCUGUGAACUGCACACCCUGCGGAGACCCGCUCUGUUCAACACAAAGAAGGCGAGAUGCAGUCUGAAGAGUACAUCAGAAGAGGUAAAGAAUUGGUAGACUACAUCGCUACAUAUUUAAGCACCAUCCGGGAGAGAAGGGUCACCCCAGAUGUACAGCCUGGCUUCAUGAGGGCGCUGCUGCCCAACUGUGCACCCACAGAGCCUGAGAGCUGGGAGGACAUUUUCAUGGACGUUGAAAAGAUUAUCAUGCCAGGGAUUGUGCACUGGCAGAGCCCUCACAUGCACGCCUACUUCCCGGCACUGACGUCUUGGCCCUCGCUGCUGGGAGACAUGCUGGCCGAUGCCAUGAACUGCCUGGGAUUCACUUGGGCUUCAAGCCCAGCCUGCACCGAGCUAGAGAUGAACGUUAUGGACUGGUUAGCUAAAAUGCUGGGGCUUCCAGAUCACUUCUUACACCAUCAUCCAGACAGCAAAGGCGGAGGCGUACUACAGAGCACGGUUAGCGAGUCCACACUCAUCGCCUUUCUGUCAGCAAGAAAAGCUAAAAUCUUGGAUUUGAAGAAAUCUGAGCCUGAUGUGGAAGAAUCUGUCCUCAAUGCCCGGCUCAUUGCAUAUGCAUCGGAUCAGGCACACUCUUCUGUGGAGAAGGCCGGCUUGAUUUCACUCCUGAAAGUUCGAUUUCUGCCUACAGAUGGGCACUUUUCUCUGAGAGGAGAAACCCUUAAGGCAGCUAUCAAUGAAGACAGAAGCAGAGGACUUGUUCCUGUUCUGGUUUGUGCAACACUAGGUACGACCGGAGUUUGCUCGUUUGACUGCCUGUCAGAGCUGGGUCCGCUUUGUACGAGUGAGGGUCUUUGGCUGCAUAUCGACGCCGCAUAUGCAGGGACCGCCUUCCUCUGCCCCGAAUUCAGAGGGUUUCUCCAAGGAAUUGAACAUGCAGACUCAUUUGCCUUCAACCCCUCAAAAUGGAUGAUGGUCCACUUUGAUUGUACUGCCUUUUGGGUGAAGGAUAAAUACAAGUUACAACAAACCUUUAGCGUUAACCCUCUCUACCUCAGACAUGAAAACUCAGGAGCAGCCACGGACUUUAUGCACUGGCAGAUCCCCCUCAGUCGCCGAUUCCGCUCACUGAAGCUAUGGUUUGUGAUUCGCUCAUUUGGAGUGAAAAACCUUCAGGCACACGUGAGACAUGGUACAGAAAUGGCCAAGUUGUUUGAGUCCUUAGUCCAAAGUGACACAGAUUUUGAUGUCCCAGCUGAAAGGCACCUUGGUCUUGUAGUGUUCUGCCUAAAGGGACCAAACAGUCUCACAGAGGCCCUCCUAAAGGAACUGACUAAAUCGGGGGCCAUGUAUCUCAUCCCUGCUUCAAUCAAGGGAAAACUGAUCAUCCGUUUCACAGUGACCUCGCAGUUUACCACCAAAGAAGACAUUCAGAGGGACUGGAAUAUCAUCCGACAGAUGGCGACCACAGUCCUGCGUAGAGAUGUAGUCACGGUGCCGCCCAGGUUUAAUGAACUCAAUGCUGUGCCUCUGCCUAUGGACGAUACAAACAGCAGAAUAAAUAGCUUUGCACCCCCAGGGUCUGACUCGUGGGUGAAAAUGUACAGAACAAUUGUGAGAUAUUCUCUAAACGAGUCCGAGGGCAAAAGAUAUACAUCCAGCCUUAAAAAGAUGGAAGGUUCAGAUCCCUUCGAUGACGUACAGACAGCAAACCAGCUCAGGCCCCCCUUGCUGAUCUACAGCCAUUUGGCCAGUCAAGGCAAAAGGAAGACAAUACGAUCACUGAGCUGCAACAGCGAACCCAUUGGUGGCUCGAAAGACCUCACCCAUCUCAACCUCUUGGCCAAAGAGGGGAUUGUAAAAAACUGGCCCUGCAAUAAAAGUAGCCUGCUGACCAAACUCCCCGAGAAUGCAAUACUCCUGGAAAAAAGUGCCUUGAAGAAACUGACCAAGUUUUACAGCGUCCCAAACUUCCCUCAGUGCAGCGUCAACCGAAACGCCAAAAAACCCUGCUGCCUUCUACAGAGCUUCAAGGCGCUCAAUAAGGCCUGGUUUACGUGUAACCGGGUCCAGUCGGCCUUAACCUGCCUUGCUAACCAAAGUUAAAGCGCCUGUCGGGCUGUCUGCUUGUAUUAAGAGUGGGAAAAACAGAACAGAAAGGAAUAUAUAUAUUUGUGCUGAUAUUUUAAAAACAAUAAAUUGACGAUUACUAA